AUAUAAUUUGUAGGGCUGCACGAUUUAUCGCGAUUAAACCACACGCGAAUUGGCAAAGGCUGCGAUUAUUUUAUGCGCAGCUUGUCAGAGCUGUACGGCUCUGUGAUCAGUAGUAAAUGCUUCUCCAUCUGAAAGCCAGAGGGCGCUCUUGCGCAGAAACUCUAAUAUGCCCUGCCACAGAAGUAGAUAACACUCGUCAUAUCGCUGUAGCUGAAUAGAGUGGUGCAGGUAUGACGUCACUUUGUAGGCCAACCCGGAAGUUAGCGGCGCACAGGUUCCCUCGAUCGAAAGCCUAUGCAUUUUUCCCAUAGACUUUUGGAAAAUCGCAAAAAAUAAGCUCUGUGUUUAACAAAAGGUUAUGAUACUUACACGUUUUGUCCAUCAAGAUAAUUUUCACAGAUGAACAUAACUUUUAUGAAGUUUAAAGCCUAAAUGCAGUCGCCAGAAGUAAAAAGCUAAAGGUAGGCUAUAAACGAACUACACUACUCGACUUCAACGUCACCAUCGCUAAGCUUCUGACAACUCUUUCAGUUUUAUCUAAAAACAUUUUCGCAGCAUGUUUGAGUUAGAAUAGUUUAUACGAGUACAAUUAUGAGCAUAAUGAGGCUGUAAAAGCAGACUGAGCUUACCUUUUCACCGUGAUGGCGUUUAAUGUCCCUGACUGCCUGUGUAGUCCCAUUUAGCCACUUUUUAGCAACCGCUUUUUUCAAGACACAUAGCAGCUUAAAAAAAUCACAAGUGGGGUAAUACUGAUGCAUUUUAUGUCGUAGAAUAAUACGUGAAAGUGCCUUGAGCUUGUGUUCACCACAGACCUUAUUUCAGCCAUUUAAUCAAAAUCCCAUUCAAAAAACCCAUUGACUUCGGCACGAUGGAACCGGAAGUGCUAAAAUGCUAACUCACUUCCGCGUUUUGGCCUACAAAGUGAUGUCAUACCUGCACCACUCUAUAAACAGAAGAUUGAAACACUUUGAUUAAACAUGACUUAUAGACACACGACUGCCUUAUUCUGUGUAAGAAGCCACAUCAUCUCACAGAAGGAUGCUCAACUGUCGUUAUAAAAAGCCUCACCUGUGUGCAAUCAUGAUUCGGGCCAUCUGUCCCUUGUGUGUUCUUAUCUUCGCGCUCCUCUUUUUGUGCACCGAUGCACGUCCCGAAACGCCUGGCCGGUCAAGGCGUGCUCCUGCUGCCAAAGUGCGACUAGCAGGUUUCGGCCACAGAGAAAAUGAGGGACGAGUUGAAGUCCUGCACAACGGGACUUGGGGCACCGUUUGCGAUGACGAGGUCGACAUUAAACUCGCUAAUGUUGUUUGCAGGGAACUGGGUUUCCAAAGUGGCAUAACAUGGGCGCACAGUGCCAAGUAUGGAGAGGGAGAGGGCCCCAUUUGGAUGGAUAAUGUGAGGUGUGAAGGAACAGAGAAAACUCUAAAAGACUGCAAGUCGAACGGGUGGGGUGUUCAUGACUGCAAACACUCUGAGGAUCUCGGGGUGGUCUGUAGUCCAGAAAGAAGGCUGGACCAAGUGCAUCCUGGAGUCACCAGAAGAGGGCACACCAUCGCUCUCAGACCAAAUGCAGUCACCUCGAACCGUUGGCAGGACAUUUACUCUAGUUCAAGGACACCUGCACAUCUCAGACAAGGCAAUGGACAUUCCCAGGAUCAUACCAGAUGGGAUCAAUUCUCCAGACAGCAGUUUCAUAAUCCGUCUGCCAGUAGGGUGAGGAUUGAGGAAGUCCGUCUCAAGCCAGUCUUGAUGGUUACAAAGAGACGCACUCUUGUCACGGAGGGUGUGGUGGAAGUAAAGCAUGCUGGGAGAUGGAGACAGGUGUGUGAUAAAGGCUGGAGUCUGAAUAGCAGCAGAGUUGUGUGUGGGAUGCUUGGCUUUCCUGAUGCGGAGCAGCCCAACAUGAACACCUACAAAAAAAUAUGGGAUAAAAAAGUCAAGGAUUCAACAACCAGAUUGAGUCAGAUGACCAAGAAGAAGGGAUUCUGGGUUGAGAAAGUACAUUGUCUGGGUACAGAGCCUAGCCUGACGGAGUGCCACGCCCAGCUGUCAAUCCCUCGAAGCCCCACCCCCUGUAAGAAUGGUCGCCAUGCUGUGGCCCGCUGUGUCCCAGGACCGCAGUUUGCUCGUAUUUCCUCUGGCAGACCCCAGGCACCUCACCCUGUGCAGCUGUCAGUGCGCCUGAAGUCAGGGCCACGUCUGGGAGAAGGCAGAGUCGAGGUUCUGCGUGAGGGAAAGUGGGGAACUGUGGUUGACCACCUGUGGGACCGUAUCUCAGCCAGCGUGGUGUGCAGAGAGCUGGGCUUUGGCACUGCCAAAGAGGCUCUUACCGGAGCAUACAUGGGUCAAGGGACGGGGCCAAUCCACAUGAACUCUGUGCAGUGCACUGGCACAGAACGCUCCAUUUUGGAUUGUUACUUCCAGGAAGUCCCUCCCUGGACAUUCAAACAUAGCCAGGAUGCUUCUGUCAAGUGCUAUGUUCCUAAGACAGGCUUGGAAACCACGGUGCGGUUGGCAGGGGGCAGGGACCAGGCCGAGGGUCGUGUGGAGGUGCUCAUGGAGGUGGGGGGCAGAAAGCGUUGGGGGACGAUUUGCAGUGAGAACUGGGGAAUAAAUGAAGCCAUGGUGGUGUGCAGGCAACUGGGCUUUGGUUUUGCUGCACGUGCCCAUCAGGACACAUAUUAUUGGCAAGGAGACCCUGCAGCAGAAGAGGUGUUAUUGAGUGGGACUCACUGUGUGGGAACAGAAAUGUCCAUCCAGCAGUGCCGUCGUAAUAAUUACGUCCACUGCCCUCGAGGAGGCGGGGCUAAAGCAGCAGGCGUCACCUGUUCUGAAACGGCACCUGACCUGGUUUUGGAUGCUCAGCUCGUGCAGGAGAGUGCUUACCUGGAAGACAGGCCUCUGCACCUGCUCACCUGUGCACAUGAGGAGAACUGUCUCUCCUCCUCUGCCAACCGUAUGCAGUGGCCGUACGGGCACCGCCGCCUUCUGCGUUUCUCCUCUCGUAUCAUGAACUUGGGUAGAGCCGACUUCCGUCCACGCGCCUCGAGAGAGUCCUGGACCUGGCACCAGUGCCACAGGCAUUAUCACAGCAUUGAAGUGUUCACACAUUAUGACCUCCUCACACUCAACGGAAGCAGAGUGGCCGAAGGACACAAAGCCAGUUUCUGUCUGGAAGACACUUAUUGCCCUGAUGGACUUCACAAACGCUUUUCAUGUUACAAUUACGGAGAUCAAGGCAUUUCAGUGGGUUGCUGGGACACGUACCGCCACGAUAUUGACUGCCAGUGGAUAGACAUCACCGAUGUGAGACCUGGAGACUAUAUCAUGCAGGUUGAGGUAAAUCCGUCCCUGGAUAUGGCUGAAUCAGACUUUAUGAACAACGUCAUGCGUUGUCGAUGUAAAUAUGAUGGACACAGAGUGUUUAUGUAUGGCUGCCAUGCAGGUGAUGCCUACAGUGCUGAAAUUGAGGAUUUAUUUGAACAUCAGCGUCAGAUCAGCAAUAACUUCAUCUGAGCCUAGUAAAGUGAGGUGAGAGGAGGGGAUGUUCAUAAAUGGGUCCUGGAAAUGUGGAUUUUUGGACAAUAAACUGUGUGAAAGAGAAAGAUCUUCUCAACUGAUCUCAGAACAGUCUAUCAGUAGCACCACUGAGUGGAAGCUACAUUUUUUAAGGGGUUAUGACAUGGAUUUUUCUAAUUAUUUUAAUAUGUUCUUGAGGUUCACUUCUAAUGUUAAUAAAGUUUUGUUGCACACACAUACACACACACACACAAAAAAACAACAACAACAUAUAUGCGGAAAAACAAUUCUUUUCCACCUUUAUUCUGACCCUCUGUCUGAAGUGAUCUGUUUUUAAGGGGCGGCUCUUUUAAGGCUUGUCAGAAAACAGCCACUGUUAUGAAUGGCUAACGUCAUUGCAUAGGAAACAGUAUCAGCGCCCAUUCGCUAGUGCACGUGAGUACGUGUUUUGAAAACACUAUCCACAUAAAACCGCCAUUUACAGACAAAGCAUUAUGAAAUCAUUUACUUACCAUUUGUGAUGUAGCUGCUGUCAGAUCCAACACAGUUUCUGCUUCAUCUGUCAACAAAAGUUUCUUUGCGAACUCUCCAUUACACUGUACAUCGUUUACAAAACGAAAUGCUCCAAACAAACAUAUAAUCCUCUGACAUGAUCUGGGACACCAUUAAAAUAAACCAUGCACUUGUUUCCGACACUGGGAUCUUUCUUAAGUACCUGUACCUGAAGUCUGUAUAGAGAUGCAAACGAGCUGUUUAAACUGGAUGCGUUAAAGUGAACGUUCUUUCACUCUUCCAUUUGUCCUGUUGUCGGUAGACGUCAGAAACGGGCAUCUGUAUACUAUAUCAGUGUAGACAGUGUCAGUGAUUAUAAUGGGUUCUAUUUGAUUUUGACGCAGCGCUCACAUUCAGUGUAGGCAAGUGUUAACCUUUAAGUGACUGAAUGCCAGUGGGCGGGGCUUAUGUUGUGAUGAUGUAAAACUAUUCGUCGAUGUCUUGCUCUGGAGCAGGCAUAUGCAAAUGUAUUUGCCAGUGACGUCACAAAUCCCACAAUAUCCAAACGAGCCAUUUUUGCAGCUUGAUUAAAUAAAUGGACAUUUUAAGCUAUGAAACUUGCAGGAUGUUUUAAUGGUACAAAGACCUCUUAUAUGUCAAGAUCAAGGCAAAUUUGAUUUCUCAUGUCAUGACCCAUUAAAAUGGUUUUCUCCAUGGAAUUGAAUUUAGUCUAGCAGAUGUUUGGAAAUCAACCAAAAGAAAUAUAACUAGGAUUAGUUCACCUUAAAAUGAAAAUUCUGUUCCACCCAGUUGCAGUCCCAGAUGUCAGAAUUUUCAGUCUGUUCCUGAGACACAUCACUUUGCAUCAGAACACAUGGAAUAUACUUUUAUGAAUCUUUUGUAGAGCAUUAUUUGCCAUUUUGGAGCUUGAUAGACAGUCUUUUUCAAUUUCAUUAUAGUGAAAAGAGUGGCUAGGAUAUUUCUCAAAAAUCCACCAUUUGUGAUUCACAGAAGAAAGUCAGUCAUAUGAGUUUGGAGUUUGUAAAUAAAGUCAGAAUUUGUAUUUUUGGGUGAACUGAUCCUUUAAUUAAUAUCUAUUGAGAAACUGGGACAUUGUUUUCAGAGGCAAAGUUGCAAGUGUUGUGAGUUUAUCAGCUAAUUAAAAUAAAACCUCAUGCAAAAUGUAUUGUUCAUGGGACCGUAAGACUAGCAUUAGUAAAUAACUUUUUUUAUUGUCUACAUAUAUUUAUUUCAUGACAUUAUAUAAUAAAUAUAGAAUAAAUGUUAUAGAAAACAAAAAAAGAAAGAAAAAAAAAAGAAGAAAGCUGAGUGAGUCAAUGGUCUUUAAUAUUACCAAUAUGAUCUAUUUUAUAUGGCAUCCAAAUGCAGUUUGUUCACUUUUUCUGAUCAUUUUUGAGUUUUAUAUCUAACUUCAAUUCUUUUGUUUGAGUUAAGCACUUUAUUGAUGGACUGUCAGUAUUCUGGUAGAAAUGCAUCAUUCACUACCAUCUUUAAACACACACUUCGUUUGUUUGUAUUUAUGCCGCCUUUCCAUUUUUGAUUGGCCCUUUUCAUCUUUUUUUCUGUGACUUUCCUGAAUCCUAAAAGAUAACAAAGGAUGUUGUAUAUGCUGAAGAUUUAUUUAUUUAAUACAUCGUUAAACACAUUUUCUGGAUGAGAGUUUUAUUAGUUUGACAAUUCAUAGUAUUAAUCAAUGUUUGCUAAAUGGUUGACUGAUUUAAUAUUCAUUUAACAUCUUGGAGCUUUGAUUUGUGGAUGAAUGGAACUUGUUUUCUUAGUCUAGCGUGUACUUGAAGCUUUUUUUUUUUUAACAUCUGAGUAUAAAGGAGUAUGUUGUUACAAUGUCCUAAAAAAAAAAAUAAAUAAAUGUAAAGGGAUUCUGGGAAUACUAUGAAGAGCUCACUACAGCAUUUAGUGAUGAGUUCAAAUCUAGCUUGAACUCAAGGAAUAAUAUUUAUGGGCCAGAGCAUUACAUAGGUCUGAAAGUAGUCUAUAAAUCUAAAAAGUCAUUUUUUUGAGCUGUACUGUAUCAGUCUUUAUGUUUGUAAUUAUUUGCACAGUACAAGAUGCUGUUUAACAGUGGUUAUUGUGCAUGUAAUGAACCGAUAUGUAAUUUGUUCCUACUGUUUAUCUAAAAACCUCAUGUUAUUUAUCUUAAAGUAUAAUCCAUAAUGGUUGACACAUGAGUGAUUUUUGUCAUUUCUGUGCAUAGAUAUUAUUUACAUCAACUUAUGUACUUUACAUUUUCCAUGAUAUACUGUUUUUGUAAGAUAACAAAUAUGACUUAUUCUGUCUCUCUGUUGUGUACCUUUACUUUUCACCAUGUUACUCUUGAUCUGUUAUUUCACCUAUACGUUUAUUUAUGAUUUGCAUGUUACUGUAUGUUCUUAAUAUAAUUGGUGCACAAAUUGAUUUCAGUCCUUAAUUCACAGCAAACUUUUUGUAUAUUAUUAUUAUCUUCUGGUGCUAAUUGUGCACUUUUCUGGGAGUUUUUCAUGGAGUAGUUGAGAGUUUAAGCUCUUAUUGUAAUUUGCAAUACUCUCAGGGAUGAAAUAUUUGUGUUUAAAAUUAUUUUUAAGAUCACUUGGACACAGCCAGGACACAAAUAAAUGGGAAAGUAAUACCAAAAUCAUUCCAGAAACUGCAACGUGAUGUUAAACUCCUGUUACUGUUUUUUGAUGAGUGUUACAGUAGUCAAUGAAAACAACUGAUCUCAAAUGUGAAUAAAUAUGGCGUAUCAGGUCUCAUUUAGCUGCCUAUACUCUGUUUUUCUGCUCACUGUGUACCAUGAUCCAUUGCACAAGGACUCCAUUAUCAAUAAAUGUGUGUUUGUGAAA